CUGCGUUUACCUUAACCUUGAGAAAAAGGACGAAGCACAUGCUUUCUUUGGCAGCGCGUCAUCUGUUGCACCGCAUAUAUCUACCGUGUUCCCCUUCUCUUCCUUUUCUUUCCCCUUCGCUUUGUUUUUCGCUUUUGAAGAGAGGGGUUUUGGGAAACUUGAACCGAAGAGACGAUACCCAUCUUUUGCCUUUUCUGCCUUACCUCACUUACCUCAUCCUCUCCGUACCACCUUUUGCAACGUACAUCCCGUGACUGCUAUUCUUUGAGGACAUUGACCCAGCAAUUGCCAUUCCGGUCCGAGUCUCUGUGGUAUCCUCGGUGAGAGGGCAUUGUCAGCAUUAGCGAUCACCUGCGCCUUUUGAAGCACACGAAGAAUUGGAAACAAAGAAGACAGAGAGAGCAACGUGGUGGGGGGUUUCGUUUCAACCGCCGCCGACUCUGCCGACGACAACCGAAGACCGAAGACAGAUUAUCCCGACGUCACGGCCACCUGCGAAAUAGUCUACCACCAAACCUUCAAUUUCAACCCCAUUUUCCAGAGAGCUCGACAUCUACCCUGGUCAAAAGAAUAGACGGUUAGCAGUAACAUAAUGGGCGACAUGAUCCGGGACCUACCGCCCGCCGGCGCCAGCGCAACAGCAACCGAAACUCACACUCCCACGCAAGCGCAGUCGCAGCCGCGUAAUAAGCUCUUCCUCGGCUCCUUCAUCCACUCAAAGACAAAGGAGCAGCUCGAGUACCUGCACGGCGCGGCCGUCUGCGUCGAUGCCGCGGGAACGAUUGUCGCUAUCGAAGCGGAGUGCGAUUUGAAGAGGGCCGAGGCGGAGGUUCUGCCGCGGUUGGGAUGGACAGUUGACGAUGUCGAGGUUCGUGUUGGCAAGGAGGGGCAGUUCUUCUUUCCUGGGUUCAUUGAUACCCACGUCCACGCAUCACAAUACCCCAACGUCGGCAUCUUUGGAAAAUCAACCCUCCUCGACUGGCUAAACACCUACACCUUCCCCCUCGAAUCCUCCCUCGCCGACCAGAAAAAGGCAAAACGCGUCUACACGGCCUGCGUGAAACGCACCCUCGCCCACGGCACCACCACCUCGGCAUACUACGCCACAAUCGACGUCGCCGCGACGAACCUCCUCGCCGAUAUCUGCCUCGCACUCGGCCAGCGCGCGUUCGUCGGGCGUGUAUGCAUGGACCGCGAAGGGUUGUGCCCGGAGUACUACAAGGAAGAGUCCGCGGCCGAUUCGCUGCGCAAGACGAGGGAGAGCGUGGAGCAUAUCCGGCGGAUCGACCCGGCGUUUGAGCUCGUUGCGCCGGUGCUCACGCCGAGGUUUGCGCCGGCUUGUUCGGGGGAGGCGAUGAGGGGGCUGGCGGGGUUGCAGCGGGAGUUGGAUGUGCUCGCGCAGACGCAUAUUUCGGAGAACGAGGGGGAGAUUGAGCUUGUGAAGGAGCUGUUCCCCGAGGCGGAGAGUUAUACGGAUGUGUAUGACAGCCAUGGGUUGUUGGGUGAGAAGAUGGUGCUCGCGCACGCGAUUCAUUUGUCGGAGAAGGAGGCGGAUGCGAUUGCGGAGAGGGGCGCGAAGGUGUCGCAUUGUCCGUGUAGUAACAGCUCCAUCACGAGCGGUGCGGCGCGGGUGCGGUGGUUGUGGGAUAAGGGGAUUGAUGUCGGGUUGGGGACGGAUAUGAGCGGUGGGUAUAGUCCUAGUAUACUCGAGGCGGCGAGGCAGGCUGCUUUGGUGUCACGGCAUGUUGCGAUGGGGUUGAAGGGGGAGGAGAAGGAGAGGGCCAAGUUGACGGUUGAGGAGGUUUUGUAUCUUGGUACGAGGGGCGGUGCGAAGGUUGUUGGGUUGGGUGGGAAGAUUGGCGGGUUUGAGGUUGGAUUGCAGUGGGAUGCUCAGCUUAUUGGGCUGCCUGUCGUUGAUGAGGAUGGAGAGCAGGAGGAGGAUGGGAAUGUUGAUGUGUUUGGGUGGGAGAGCUGGGAGAAUCGGGUUGCGAAGUGGGUGUUUAAUGGAGAUGAUCGGAAUACCAAGAUGGUUUGGGUCAAGGGGCGGAUGGUGCAUUCGAGGAAGUAGAUGACCACAGAGUUGUUACGGUAGAAGGGAGGCAUGAGAUAUAUGGCGUUUGGUUACCUACCUACUUACUUGCUGGAUGGUUUGAUAUCACUUGAAGUAUUGGACUACCUUUAGAUGUAUAAUGAA